AGAAGAACCAGCUGAGCAGCACAGGACCACACACAGUCUCACUGAGUCAGCAGGCAUGGAGGAUGGGAAGCCUGAUCUGCUGCUGGUCAAAGAGGAGACAGUAGAAGAUGCACCAGAGAGCAUUGAUCUGUUGAGUGGACUAAGGAUGGGGGAGCAAGGUGGAUGGCUGAAGGCUAACAGAGGAGACUGGGUGGCCAUCUUGGAUUCCCAGACUCAGAUGGGUGCAGCCAAGGGCCCAGGGGAUAAUGUCACUGAGCAGGACAGGACUAGAGGCAACAUAGUGGAGGUCAGUGGAUGGGACAGUGUCCUCAACUCUGGGCUGGGGAACAACACUGUUAACCACAACCAGAAAAAGACAGUCGAACACAAAACAACAACCAAACUUAGUCUCCAUGACAACAGACUGGCUGAGACCAGGGCGAGGCAUAGAUUUGGUCUGCAGGUACGGGGAGGUGUCCGUAUGUGGCGGAAGAGAACAGACGCAGACUCUGCUAGCGAUGUUCCGUCCUGCUCCUAUAGUUGUGAUUCAGAGAGACUGAUGGUACCUCAGGUUAACCCCCUAACAGGUGCUGCCUUCAGCCUGCCUUCUAUAGGAUCUAUCAACUGGAACAUGGACCCCGAGACAUCACAGACACGCCCAGGCCUUUGUCCUCCGCACACUCUCCUGUUAAACCAGACCUCAGACAAUGCCAGUUCCUCAAUGCUAAAUGGCUACACAAGCUCAUUGAUAAAUGACAGUAGUAGUAACACUGUCAGUAGAUCCGGUGGCAAAGAGAAGCGCUUCCCGUGUUCAUUCUGUGGGAAAGCCUUCAGUUUCCCUAAACAGAUGGAGAUCCACCAGAGGAUGCACACAGGGGAGAAACCUUUUGGCUGCCACUUGUGCAGGGCUAGUUUCUCCCAAUCGUCCAACCUGAAGAGGCACCAGAGAAUCCACACAGGGGAGAAACCCUACAGCUGUCCCCAGUGUGAGAAGAGAUUCUCACGCCAGCACGAUCUCAAGAUGCACCUGAAGGUCCACACUUGAGAGAGGCCGUUCACCUGUACGCACUGCGGGAAAAGGUUUUCAGAGAGGAGCUACCUCAGGAUACACCAGCAGAAAAUGCACAUGGUCCAUGAAUAGUGUAUACUCACUGGGUUCACCACGUCACCACGUCAUUUCAACAUGUAGAAUUGGGUAAUAUUUGGUAUUUGGUAGAUACAUUGAUCUAUUUUCACCUACUCAAAAUGACAGCUAAAAGUUUGCUGAAUUCCCAAUGUGUUUCAACCAUCUAAAAGUGAAACCAAAUUCCAAUGGAAAAAUCUGUCAGAUUUUUGGUUUCGUUUUCACCUACGGUAUGUGUUGUCACUGAGCUUUCAAAAAUGUAAAAUCACACUAAAGUUCAAAGUUAAAAUCACACAUUGUCAGAUAUUGUUAAUUUAUACAACAACUUAAUGUGUUAUGACUGAUUGAUCUAAUAGUACUACCAAAUGACCACUAUUUUUGGACAACUUAAGAUGUUGUACACCGCAUUCAGCCAAGUGUGUAACAUCCUAAGGUGCCUGCGGCUCACCAUUUAAAGCUAGUUAAGGAGGGAAAUUAUGCCUUUGCAGCCUGAAUGAAGGACGUUAUAUGUACGAGCCAGUCCACAGGGGAAACGAGUGUAUUACCGGGAAUGCACAUCAAUCCUAGACGAUAGUGCAGAUCUAGCGGCCACUAUAGGCUGGCAGUCCUGUAGUGGUGCACUAUAGUUGUGCAAUUGCCAUCAUACUUGAGACACUGGCGAUCUCAUAAAACAACUAUCUUAACUUGAAAUUGGUGCUGACUAUUCGGAUAUCUCUCUUAGCAACCUAGAUGUUGUUUCAGCAAUAAGGCAUAAGAACCCAGGAUUUAUCCUGUGAUAACUCCCGACUAAGGGCUGUUCUUAUGACCAAGGUGAAGCCAAGGGCUGGGGAAACAGCCCUUAAGAGCUUGUUAUCACACAAUAAUUCCCUGGUUCUCAUACCUUAUUUAUUUGAUAAAACGUUUGCCAACAUACACUACCUUUCAAAAGUUUGGGGUCACUUAGAAAUGUCCCUGUUUUUUAAAGAAAAGCACCUUUUUAUUCAUUA